CAUGCAUGACUUCUUUAUGACUGGGAUGUUUGUUUGGAAUUUGCCCCAGUCUCACUAACUGGCUGCGUUCGUUCUUUUAUAAUAAUGGCAAAACAUCAACCAGAUUUGAUUUUUUGAAAGACGCAGGCUGGAGUUGGUGGCAGUAAGACGUCGCGGAGCCUUCAAUCCAAAACAUCAGAAGGAGGAAGUUCGGAGGUCAUCGCUGCGUCGCCGUUAGUGUGUGGAGAGCCGUCUGCGUUCGUGCUUUUAUAAUGGCCAAACAUCACCCAGAUUUGAUUUUUUGCAGAAAACAGGCUGGAGUUGCCAUUGGAAGACUAUGUGAAAAAUGUGAUGGCAAAUGCGUUAUCUGUGACUCUUAUGUCAGGCCUUGUACACUAGUUCGUAUUUGUGACGAAUGCAACUAUGGGUCUUACCAAGGGCGCUGUGUCAUUUGUGGAGGUCCUGGAGUAUCUGAUGCCUACUACUGCAAAGAGUGCACCAUCCAGGAGAAAGAUAGGGAUGGCUGCCCCAAGAUUGUGAACCUCGGCAGCUCGAAGACUGACCUUUUCUAUGAGAGAAAAAAAUAUGGCUUCAAGAAGAGGUGAAGAAAUGAAGGGAUUUCCUUUGCCACAGUUUUUCCAUGCAAGAGUUUUCCAUUUUGUUAUCAUGUUGUUACAAUAAACUUUUUAAUGCUGUGAUGUUGA